GAGCCGUAUACUGUCAGCUGAAGAUUCCAGAGACACUGGGGUAAUGGUCCAAAACUUUGUUACUCUGUAGACUGGCGUACAUUUGCUACCAGCCAAGCACUACCGUAGCAACUCAACAUGCGGCCGGCCACUCUUUCCCCUGAAAGUCAUGUUGACCUGUCAUUUCUCUCCAAUCAGAGGCUGGACCUUGCAGUGAUUGCUUUGCUUGUUUUCCUUGUGAUCUCCCAAUCAUAUUCGCCGGCGUAACCGCAUGGUUCGCUAUGAGUGGACCUUGACGAUCCAAGAAUGGGAGGAUGCGAGGGAGAAACUGAUGCUCAUCAUUCUUUUUACCUCCAAGGCUUAAGCCAUUAUUUUUACUCCUAUAUCAUUACUCGAUCCUUUCUCAGCAUGACCUAUGUGGUCAGGAUGUCCCUUGACAGCUUCUUCCAGGGACAAACAAUAGCAAGAUGGUCUUCAACGGGCUCCUCCGCUUCCGGAUCAUCCGCUCUAAACAGAUCAAGGAGAUCGCUCUGAGCGGAGGACAUGAUCAAUUGCAGCUCGACAAGAAACAAACUCUCCUCACCAUCCAGCAGCUUCCACCAUGGUACGAUCCCAACCCGUUUGUCCUUUCAGGAUACCGUCCCGAGAGCCGAUCCUACUAUCGCAGCUUCGCCAGUUGGCUCUACUGCCACAACGAAACGGGAAACAUCUACUCGCAUCUGAUCCCGGGCAUCCUGUUGCUUUCGUUCCAGGGCAUCCUGUACGAGUACAUCCGCACAAAGCAUGAGAACCUUUCCAACUUCGAUUGGUCAAUCGUCUCGCUGCAGCUUCUCACGGCCUCAAUAUGCCUCCUGACAUCGACGACGUACCACACCCUGCUGAACCACUCCGCAGCCGUCGCGCACCGCUGGCUCCAGCUCGACUAUAUCGGGAUCAUCGCGCUCAUUCUGGGCGAUUUCAUCAGUGGACUGCAUUUCGGGUUCUAUUGUAACCCGCAGCUGAAAUACUUCUACUGGUCGCUUAUUCUGGCCUUCAGCUCCGCCACCGCCGUGGCCCUCCUCAGUCCGCAGUUCAGGGCUCCCGAGUGGCGAUCGUUCCGCCUGGCCAGCUUCAUCUGCACCGGUCUCUCGGCGUUUGCGCCAAUCGGCCAUGCGUGCGUGCUUUGGGGCGUGCCGUAUCUCUGGAAGAUAGGCGUGCAGUAUUACCUGCUCGAAGGGUUGUUUCUGAUCAUCGGUUGCUACUUUUGGGAGAGGAGAGUUCCUGAGAGCCUGUACCCGGGUGCAUUCGAUAUUUGGGGCCACUCGCAUACGAUAUGGCAUGUCUUUGUGACGUUUUCCAUUGGUGCUCAUGUCAUGGGACUGCUGUAUGGCCUGGAGUACAGCUAUAGCCAGGCACAGUGUCGGUGAUUCUCGUCUCUCACAAUACUAAAAAGAAGAAUGACAUUGCGUUCUUGCGCAC